UGUCCAUAUAUACACGUGAAGGUCAGCAAUUGAGCCGUAAGAAAUUCAUAAUAAAGAGAAAUACUGCAGCUGCGGUUCGUUUUUAUCCAAACAUGGACGGCCAGGGAGCGACAGCGGACCCUCAGCUUCAGCACUUCAUCGAGAUCGAGUCUCAAAAGCAGCGAUUUCAGCAGCUGGUGCAUCAAAUGACGGAGGUCUGCUGGGAGAAGUGCAUGGACAAACCAGGGCCGAAGCUGGACUCAAGGACAGAAAUAUGCUUCGUUAACUGUGUGGAGCGAUUUAUUGACACCAGCCAAUUUAUCCUCAACAGGCUAGAACAGACUCAGAGGAGUAGGGGGUCACUCUCUGAGAUGUCAGAAUAAAAACUCGACCUUGAAAAGAUGACAACAGAUGUGCAAGGCCUUUCAGCCGAAACGAGACCGUUUUGGUCCCAACACAGCUGUCUGUAUGUUGCAGAACUGUCCAUUCAUCUGGAAAAAGGAACAACAGAAAAUGUUACUUUUGAUACAAGUGCCUCAGAUUAACACCAUGAAUCUUGCCCCUGCGACUCAUGCAGAAAUGUUGGGUAAUUUGUCCUCCAUGUGGUUGGUAUGUUGCUGGCAGUGACUAGAUGUCAGUGUUGUUUUUUUUGUCAUGACAUGGCAUUCAGUAAGUCAUGAAUGCUGUUAAAUACAGUUGGAUCAUGUUUAUUAUCAGCAACUAGUGACUUAAGUGCGGGAGGCUGCAGCAAGAUGCACACAACUGGGACAUUCAGCUUACCAGCUGGUUUCAUCAACCAUAGGGAGUUCACCACACUUGUUGCAAGUUAAGAAAACAAACCUCAUCUUGACUGAAGAAGUGUGAUCAACUGCUCAAAGAUUUUGGACUGUACAUAUGCAAUAAACACUAUGCCAAAUAA